UCUGCGGCUCAUGCGCCGGCGCAGUCCGCGCAGCACUUUCCCGCGCAUCGCACGCGUUCGCGCACCAGUUACAACACUCGCAAAGAUACCGAAAUUACGUGAGCCCAUUUAAACCCAUUCCCAUUCAAAGUAUACAGUAUACAACGCUACCUCCCGCCCAUUUAAAACUUUUCAAACUUCGCGUGUUUGUUUAUGUGCGUGCACCGCUGCAUACGACAUUUUCAGAGGUGAUUUAGCGGUUGAAGAAAGCGGAAGCUUAGGGGUGGCGUAAACAGCUGAUCGCGAGUUCCUGGAUAAGAAAGAAAUAUUUCACCAGAUCAGCGGCAUAACAACGCGUGAAAUUGCAUCCAGGGAAUGCGACGGCUGCACCUGACUGACAGGCACCUACGGGUGAUGCUGUGGUGCAUAUUGCUCGGUCUACAGCCUGCCUUCGGAGGCAUCCUAGACCCCUUCAACUGGGCUCGAUCUGACAGAAUAGAGGUCAACAUACCCUGGCUACCAUUUGAAAAUGAAACAAGAUGCUACGACGACCUCGGUUGCCUCAACAUCACAAGGAGUUGGUACCACCUAAUCCACCGGCCUUUCAACGUAUUUCCUCUGCCCAGAGUUGUUAUCAAUACAAGGUUCAUUCUCUAUACAAAGAAGAAUCCCACAGACGGACAGUUGCUAAACGUGAAUGUGAACAAGACCAUCGUGAAGUCCAAUUUUAAUCCACAGCGGCUCACCAAGAUGAUCAUACACGGGUUCAUUGACACACCACUGUCCAACUGGGUAAGUGAGAUGAAAGACGAGUUGGUAAAGGCGGGAGACUUCAACGUGGUGGUGGUGGACUGGGCGGGCGGCAGUCUGCCGCUCUACACGCAGGCCACGGCCAACACCCGCCUUGUGGGGCUAGAGGUGGCGCAUUUUAUUAACACAUUACAGAAAGAACAUGGCCUGAAUCCACUGGAUGUCCACAUCAUAGGCCAUUCAUUAGGAGCUCACACAGCUGGCUACGCCGGAGAGAGAAUACAAGGCUUAGGAAGAAUAACAGGGCUAGACCCCGCCGAGCCAUACUUCCAAGGAAUGCCGACGCACGUUCGGCUGGACCCCACCGACGCGCAGUUUGUAGACGUUAUACACACUGACGGAAAGAGCAUCUUUCUAUUAGAUUUUGUGUUUAUGGCAGGAUAUGGGAUGUCGCAACCGGUCGGACAUUUGGACUUUUACCCUAACAACGGCAAGGAGCAGCCUGGCUGCGACCUCACGGAGGGACCGCUAGUGCCCCUGACCCUCGUCAAGCAAGGCCUCGAAGAGGCGUCUCGAGUACUGGUCGCUUGCAACCACGUAAGGGCUAUCAAACUCUUCACCGAGUCAAUAAACGGGAAAUGCCCUUACAUAGGACACCAAUGUCCGUCAUACCAGCACUUCUUAGAUGGAAAAUGUUUCCACUGCGGUCAUGGUUGCGCUAUAAUGGGAUUCCAUGCUGACAGUUCUCCCGGCUUGAUUACAAAUAAAGAUAAUGAGACCGAGAACGAAGUGUACCCUUCAGAGGAGCACGACACCAUUGGGGCCAAGUACUACCUAAGCACUGGCAAAGAACAACCAUUUUGCCAACGACACUACAAGGUGUCUAUUCAGCUAGCAAAUCCUAAAGGAGCAGAAUCUUGGGUCCAGGGCUUUUUAAAAGUGACUCUUCUGUCAGAUCGCGGGGUUAUCCGAGGGAUGGACUUAACACCAAAUAACUAUGUUAAAUUAGAACAUGGCACAUCGUACACAAUUGUAGUAACACAUCCCAUGGAUAUGGGAGGUAAAGUUAGGAAGGUGGAGUUAUCGUGGGAGUACGACAUGAAUGUACUGGAGCCGCGAUCGCUCUGCAUCCUGUGGUGCAAUGACCGGCUCUACGUCAAGUCGGUAACCGUUGACCAAAUGGAAUUACCAAGUCGAGGGAAAAGAAACGUAGACUUCAGUAGCAAAUUGUGUACGCCGAAACGUGAAUUUGCUGAGAUCCCCAACCGUGGCUCCGCCAGUUUCUACGACAACUGCGGCAGGUAGCUGUGCCAUACAACCAACAUUGGACUUGUUAUUGUGUUAGGUCUAACAUUUAGACCCGCCAAAAGCUUUAAAUACGCCAGACGAGGGACACAAAGUGACACCAGUCUGGUGACAAGUUGUUAAAGUGAUCGUGACUGUCCUCAGUGAUGUUGUUACAGGGAGAAGAAAGAAAUAUAUUUCUUUAAAUUAUAAAAAAUUGUUGAAUCUGUUAUAGGACUAAGUGAGAGUUAUUUUUAUAGUAUUGUAUUUUGUAAUUACGAUGUACUGAUUGAAAUACUCAUAAAAUGUAUUCUUACUUUAUAUUUUAUUUAUAAACUGUGUAAAUAAAAAUUUCUUGUCUCGUACCUACUCUCAUUCCUUAUAUUUGUACAGAUUUUAUUAAACAAAAAAAUGCUAA